AUGGCCAAGAGUUCGCGGUCGAGCAGCAAAAAAUUCAACAACCAGCGCAAGGCUGCCAGCAUCUUUGGGCCCGCUGAAACCGCCAGACAAGAGCGUCUGUCGGCCAAGCUGCUCGAGCUGGCAAAGCAGGCAAAGCCCGAGCCUGCGGAGAUGAAGAUUGAUGCCAUGGACGUGGACUCGAAGAAGCCGACAAGACCGCAAAUCACCAAGAAGCGCAUCGAGAAGAAGCGCAAGAAGUCGAGCAUCACGUUCCCCAAGUACAGCGACAGACUAGCCGCCAGGAAGAAGAAGAAUGCGCCAAAGAAGGCGUGA